GCCAGCCCGCGCGGGAUGAGGCGAAAGGGGUGCGUCGAGACCCCAGCGUCCGGUCCCCAGAUACUGCCGUUCGGAGGGGAUAGCUAACUCCGGCGUAGCAAUCCUUCUUUGCAACGGUACUCCAGUGCGUUGCCAUGUACAUGGCCAUGCAGUUUGUCAUGAAGCAGUUCGCCGGCGCCCCCAAAACCGCGACGGCCCGUGACGCCUCCAGCCAGAUUCCGCCCUUCUCCGAACGCCCGGCGCAGUUGAACGAAGGUGCCGUCUACAACCCUGUACCGCAGCUUCUGGCGCCCAUCUGGCCCGACAACAGCGCGGUGGACAUCAUCGUCACCGUUUCGCCAUCGGUCGUCCUCACUCCACUGAAGGAUUAUCCCAAAGACGCCGUCGUGCUCCAUGAGAAGCAGUUUCGGAUCGGCAACUGGACAGACAAGCGCACGUCGGAGGGCACCAUCCACAUUCCGACGGCCGUCCAGCACAAUGGCACGCUCUGGGGACAUUUCUAUGUCGGGCUCUCUGGUGCCAAAUUGGAUCCCACUCUACCAGGCUACGAUACCGGCUCGGCGUACCACUUCGCUUACCCUCUUACGCAGUACAUCCCCAAGAAGAAGGAGGCGAAGACGAGGAAUCUGCUGAGCGACGCCGGCGAGUCUGCCGAGGCAACUGUGGAUGAAGAGCCCGAGCAGGUCGGGCCCGUGUUUGGGAACUACUACCACCCGAACGUGUCGCUGUCCUUCAUCCCGAAUUCCGGCGUUAUCUCCACCGCGCAGAUACCCCCGGCAGUUCGCCAGUUCUUGGCCGUCGAAGCCACCGGCGCGCGUGACGGAACGGGACAGAACUCGUGGUACUACCCGAUCCUCUUCGUCAACACCUUUUGGCAGCUCAAGUCCCAUAUGACGCUGCUCAACGAAACCGUCAAGAGCAUGCCUAUCCGCGUCGAUCUCAACAACCUGGCCGACUGGAAGUUCAAGACCAUGGCGUCGAUCGAGAUGAACGGGAGGGAGGCUGCUCGGCAGGCCGCCUACGGAAACGCGCUGCCCGGUGGCGGCGACGGAAGCGAGAUUGAGAUGAUCAAGGAAAUCUUCCUGGACACGAACCCGAUCCUGCUCGGCGUGACAAUUGCCGUCAGUAUCGCCCACAUGAUCCUCGAGACGCUGGCGUUUGGGUCCGACAUUGCACACUACCGCAAGAAGAAGGACAAUGUCGGCAUCUCGCUACGGUCGAUCCUCGCCAACGUCUUCAUGCAGACAGUCAUCUUUCUCUACCUGGUCGACCAGUCUCAGAACACCAGCUGGAUGAUUCUGGGCACCCAGGCCGUCGGCAUCGUCAUCGAGCUCUGGAAGGUCACCACAGUGGUCAAUGUGCGGCUGCGCCCAGCGCCGGGCUCCCUGCUACCGUACCGGAUAUCCUUUGAGGACAAGCACAAGCUCAGCGAGACCGAGGAGAAGACCAAGGAGUACGACGAGAUUGCCUUCAAGUACAUGUACCUGGCCGGCAUCCCGCUGCUCAUCGCGUACGCCAUCUAUUCGCUGCUCUACGAGACGCACAAGUCGUGGUAUUCGUACAUCAUCACGACGCUGGUCGGGUCCGUCUACGCGUACGGCUUCCUCAUGAUGGUGCCGUCGCUGUACAUCAACUACCGGCUCAAGAGCGUGGCGCACAUGCCGGCCAAGGCCAUGAUGUACAAGUUCCUCAACACCUUCAUCGACGACCUGUUCGCCUUCACCAUCAAGAUGCCCUUCCUGCACCGCCUGGCAACGUUCAGAGACGACAUCAUUUUCUUCAUCUAUCUGUACCAGCGCUGGGUGUACAAGGUCGACUACACCCGCGUCAACGAGUUCGGACAGAGCGGCGAAGACGAGGUGGAGGAGAAGAAGGCGACGGAGAAGAGCUCUCCUGCUGCCGUUGAGGAGAGCACUGCCAAGGCCACGGGGGCGGACGCUUCCAAGGCGGUCAAGACGACCAAGCGGAAGUAAUUUCGCAUGUAGGGCUGAUUGGAGAGGACGACACCGA